CGCGCAAUUUAACCGCCAUUGCUGUCAUUUCUUCAGCUGUUUUUGUUUAAUUCUUGGGUUCCAGAAAGCAUUAUUAACACGUAUUUUGUGACAACUAAGAAUGGCAGUUCCGAUGAAUUUUUUGGCGUUUAAUCGGCAUGCUUGAAUGGCCGGAAGACAGUUCAUCAAGUAGACAGUCUUUUAGCAGUGACGAGGAGACUGACGAGGGAGAGCAUAUAGAUCAUGAUUAUAAUCUUCCACAAAGACAUAAACACAUUAAUAAAGGUCGUUGGUCAAGAGAAGAGGACGACUUACUGCGGAGAGUAGUAGAGUUACAGAAUCACAAUAAUACAGAUUGGAAGAAAGUUGCACAAUAUUUUCGUGAUAGAAUUGAUAUACAGUGUCAGCAUCGUUGGUUUAAAGUUCUGAAUCCUGAACUUAUUAAAGGACCUUGGACAAAAGAGGAGGACGAAAAGGUGAUUAAACUUGUCAAGGAACUAGGACCAAAACGUUGGACAGUGAUUUCACGUCAUUUGAAAGGUCGAACUGGUAAACAGUGUAGAGAAAGGUGGCAUAAUCAUCUAAACCCAGACAUCAACAAGUCAGCUUGGAGAGAAGACGAAGAUAACCUGAUAUAUGCCUUGCAUAGAGAGCUAGGCAAUAGGUGGGCAGAGAUUGCUAAAUACUUGCCUGGCAGAACAGACAAUGCUAUAAAGAACCAUUGGAAUUCUACUAUGAAAAGAAAAUAUGAAGAAGAUUUAGAGAAGAGACCAGUUUUAUAUACCUACCCAUAUACACCCAGUAGUGUGAUUAAUAUGCAGGGAAUUCAUCCAGUUAAAUUGUUUCCAAAUCAACAUAACACAGAGGCAGUAGUUACUGUUCAAAAUUACGAUUCAAAGAGUGCAGGACUGAGUGGAUUAUCGUCAAUAGAAUUUGUACAAGGAACAACACAGCAGACUAGAUACUCAGCAAAAUUUACCUCUCUUCAUUCUAAAGAGUAUAGAUUUAAUGGUAAAGCUAUUCAGAAGUUAAGAAGUCCUGGUUGUCUUAUACCAAUCAGUUCCCCAGCUGUAUCUAGAUUUACUAGUCCACCAGCUAUUCUUAGGAAGAGGAAAAGAAAGCUGAUCCAGUCUUGUCCAGUUAACUCAUCUACCGAUUCAGACAAUUGGCAGAAAAGUAAACAUGGAACCAAUAAAAAACCAAUAAAGGAUGACAUAGAGAACCAGUGUCCAGAUUUAUCUACUGAAACCCAAGUGGAAUUGAAAAAGGAACCAGUCACUCCAACUGGUACUCCAAUUAAAAACUUACCAUUUUCACCAUCACAAUUUUUAAACAGUCCAGAAGUACAUUUUGGGAAACUGACAUCAACUCCUGUCUGUAACAAUCCUAAUUUAGCUACGCCAACACCAAAUACAUCACUCAAUACACCAAUUACCAAGCUAUCUGACAGGUCAACAUUAAAUACUCCAUGUAUUAGAAGAACCAUUUUAGAUGCCACACCUAGGACACCAACUCCAUUCAAGACAGCAUUGGCAGAGAUUGAAAAGAAAUCUAAAGUCUUGCAAGAUGUUAGUCCAGGUCAGAUUGAGAAAGAUAUUGAUGAGAUGAUGAAAGAAGAUACAGGCUAUGAUGCUGAUAUGUCAACUAUGACAAUGUAUGUCACACCAAGGGAAAGGAAACAAAAGGGUGCUGCUAAGAAGGCAAGACAGUCAUUGGCUAAGAAAUGGUCAGCAUCUGACAUGAACUUCUCAGAGUCUAUGAUCAUGUCUCCAGAAACACCAAGUAAAUCUUUACUUGGUGAUACCAGUAUUUUAUUCUCGCCACCGUCCAUUAUCAAGGAUACCCUAGCAGAGGAAGUCAUGGAUGAAGUAUUCAAUCAGCAAAAAGAUAGUGAGAAGAAGGAAGUAAAGAGGUUUAAAUCUAGUAAAAGAAUAACAUUCCAGGAAAAUGAAGUGAAAGAUACAAAACAAGUUGCAAAGCUUGAUGCAGCCUAUGAACGUAUUGCUUGUGGUAAAACAGAGGACCAGUUGUUGAUGACAGAGUUGGCAAGACAGAUAUUUAAAUCCAUUAAACGACCUGCAAAUAGACGGACUUCGUGAUAGUAUAUGUGUUCAAUGUUAGACUUCUGUAAAGUUGUGAAAUCUUCUUAUAUGUUCAUAUCAAUGACAACAGUGUUUAUGCCUUUAAUUAUUCAUGAGACUGACAAUAGACAGCUUUAAAUGAAUUAGAUAUAAACAACUAUUGUGAAAAAAAGUAAUUCUGGAUAUUCACUCUGUAUAUAUAAAGUAUAUAUUUACACAUAGAAUUAGUGCUCAACAACUGAUAUAACAUAGAAGGCUUUUUCGUGUGUACUAAAUCAUUUACUGUGAGAAUAAUUUCAGCUGUAUUCUGUAAAACUCCAAUUACAUGAAUAAUGGUCUACUGUUACAUGGUAUAAAAUUGCAUUAGUUAAUCUAGCAAAUUAGACAGUCUUAGGGAAUUACGGUAAUGAAUGCAUUAAUUUCUGAAUUUAUUAUAUGAAAAUAAGUUUUUGUCAAAAAUAUUUUUGAAAUAACUUUUGCUAGACAUAUUAAGCAAGCAGAUAGCAGAAUAAGACGUUGUGUAUAGUUACAGAAUUUGAAAUCCUAUUCCUACUUGAUAUGGUACUUUGUAUUUUAGUAACAUAACAUUGUUCCACUUUUUAUAGCUUGAUUAAUUGUGAUUUUUUCUAAGUCAUUUAUAGAGUGUUGUGUUGAUACAAAGAGUGUUCCAUUUUGUUAAAUGUAGAUAGAGACUGGUCUCUAAUUGAUGAAUGGCUUGAUUUUAUGUAGGGCUAAAUGAGGAUAUUUUUUUUUUAAAUAAAUGAAAACUUUUUCUGUAACUGUAAGAGUAUAUGAUUGUCACAUUAAGAAUAUCAGAAAAUGUAUUUUUUCUAUAGAUGAAAGUUCGUAUUAUUUUAUUUAGUAUUUUAGUGUGUAUAGAAGGAUGCAUGUAAAUUGACACACCUUCAGAACAAAAUCAAAAUAUUUUUUUUUUUUUUUAUUAAUACCGUUUUGAUUUCACAUUCCAAUCAAUGAGAUAUCGUAACAUUCUUUUUAUUUCUGAAAAUAAAUUAACAGUGAAGUAAUAUCAGACUACAGGAUAUUUUAAAGUACAACUUAAAACCAAGUACAAUUUAAAAAGUAUAAUUAGUAUUGCCUUCCAACUGUGGAACACCAAUGUUAGAUAACAGAGCCUUGUUAAUGUUUAUAUUGUUAUAGUAGAGUAGUAUAAUUAAUUUAUUACUGCAGUAUGUAUGCCUGAGAAAUGGCAGUCUUUUUUUUAAGUCUUGUUGGUAACAUUUUGCGCAUUUUCAUUUUAAACCUUGUAAUACAUUAAAUAUUUGAAAAUGGAUAAACA